UGAGUCCAGUAUUUAAAUGUUUUACCAUUCUCCUGUCUGAAGAGAGACCAAAGAUGAGACAGAAGGUGACGUCUGUGCUGUGCAUUUAUGGGGCUCUGCACUGCUUGGUAGUUCUACCAGUGUCGCAGGCCACAUCCCUAGCAAAAGUUUCCAAAGACAAAGCAUCUAAUCCAGCUGUCAGCAUUGACUCUGAACAGGCCCAUGAUUUUCUGGCACAUGCACGCCCAAGGAGAACAGCUAACCCCAACUGGUAUCACAAAAAUCCAGACUUUCAGUCCUACUAUCGUUAUUACAGCAGUAUUGGGCACAUUGAAGGGCUCUAUGAGAUAGACAGAAUUCGAAUGCUUUACCAGCAGAUGCGGCAUCUGGAGCUCACGUAUGGCCCUGAUGCAUCCAAAUUCCAGAAUGCACUCGGUCUUCAACUAAAAUCGACACCUCCACCCACAACCCAGCCUCCACCUCCUACUUUACCACCUGUCUCCAAGAUGGAAGUUAUGCACCUGUGUAAUUUAAAAGACCCCCAAUGCAAGCCACAUAUCGUUUACCUGCCCACUGGUGGCGUACCUGUACUUUGUGAUCCACGUUACCACCCAAACUGUAAACUAAGCUCUGUCCAGGAGUCUCCCCCUGUAACUGCCUCAGAGCCAGUGACGUCUGCUCCUCCACCACCUCCACAAAAAUCUACUCUUCCACCACCCCCUCCUUCAAUGAUCAUGAAAGAAAUGGAGUAUGACUGUGAUCCUUACUGGGACCCUGACUGCCUAAUAGACAAUCCUCCCAGGCCAGUUACGAUACUCAAACCAUCACCAGCAUUUGCUGCUGAGAAGGUGAAAAAGGAAACGGGGAACAAAGUAACCCUAGACGCUCCGGUUCCAACAUAUGACCCAUAUGACUUCAAUCAAGAUCUAUAUGAUCCCUUCCGCCAUGCAGCUCCGGCUCCCUGAUUUAAAAUUAAGUCAAAUCAGUCAAAAAAUAUUAAUCUUAAUAAUUUACCCCUACAUUGAUGGUUUCUUAUCUAAUUGAUGUAAAAAAUAAAUUAUAAGAUAAAGUUCAUAUUUUACAUUAAAUACAUUAAACCAUGGCCUUGUGUAUAAUAUGUAGCUAGAUAUGUAUUUAAACAAAUAUUGAGGCCAGAAUAAAGAAUAUGGACAUAUGAAAACUACUUUUGUUUGUUUAUAUGAUUCAUCUUUUGGUUUCAUAUGUAUUUCAGCUUAGAUGAAAGUAUGUGAGCACACUGACCCCUUCAGGU